CAGGAGGAGGAGCCCGGGCUCCUCCGUUGUGAUAACAGGCUGCUGCCUCGUCUCUGUUAUCUUCCGUUCCCCGCCGUCCGAGCAGCGGAUCUCAUCCGGACCUGCAACAGGAUUUAUUCAUUUUUUGUGAAACUUCACUUCUAGCUGGAGCGCUCCUCCCAUGGUGUCCCCGGGAGACUCCCCGGCCUCUACUCGACUUUACGGAAACUAUCGGCGACCGUUGGGGGGUCUUGGAAAGCAUGGAAACGUGGUUUUUGCAUCAUGUCCUCGGGGUGUCUCUGUCGGUCCUGCUCCUGGGUCUACCGGGGCCCCUAGGGGCUGGGACCCCAAGUAACAACAGCACGGAUCCGGUAACGGCAGGAAUUUCUUAUUCAACCGUCACAGAUGAACUCACUAACAUGGAAAACAACGCCACUUCAACUUCAUCCUCCAGCGAGAGUUUAUCAGCAUCACAGAGGAACAUCCUGCUCACACACACCGCUGAAUCACACACUGCUGCAGCUGGAAACUUCGACAUUGAUCAGACGCAAACCUUCACAGAAACAAGCAUCAGGUCACUAGAAGCCAUAAGUUUGUCUACUGAGCCACUCACCCCCACCCUUGUUAUAGCCACCACUGAGGCCAGCAUCACCACAGGCAGCAGCAGCACUGGUAUCAGCACUGGUAGCAGCUCCAGCAGCAGCACUGGUAUCAGCACUGGUAUCAGCUCCAGCAGCAGCACUGGUAUCAGCUCUGAUAUUAGCACCGGUAGCAGCUCUGGUAUCAGCACUGGUAGUAGCACUGGUAUCAGCUCUAGCAGCAGCACUGGUAUCAGCUCUGAUAUUAGCACCGGUAGCAGCACCGGUAUCAGCUCCAGCAGCAGCACUGGUAUCAGUUCUGAUAUUAGCACCGGUAGCAGCAUUGGUAUCAGCCCUGAUAUCAGCACCGGUAGCAGCACUGGUAGCAGCACUGGUAUCAGCUCCAGCAGCACCAGUAGCAGCACUAGUAGCACUGGAGGCAGCACCGGUAGCAGCACUGGUAGCACCGGCAGUAGCACCGGUAGCAGCACUGGUAGCACCGGCAGUAGCACCGGUAGCAGCACUGGUAGCACCGGUAGCAGUACUGAUAUCACUGGCAGUAGCAUCGGUAGCAGCACUGGUAGCACCGGCAGUAGCACCGGUAGCACUGGUAGUAGCACUGGUAGCAGCACUGGUAGCACUGGCAGUAGCACCGGUAGCAGCACUGGUAGCACCGGCAGUAGCACCGGUAGCAGCACUGGUAGCACUGGCAGUAGCACCAGUAGCAGGACUGGUAGCACCGGUAGCAGCACCGGUAGCAGCACUGGUAGCAGCAGCACUGGUAGCAGCAGCAGGGCCUGGAAGGACUUUACUAACACAAACCACAUGUCAGACGCUUUUCCUGCUGUGUCCUCCGAGGCUAGUUACUUGAUGUUGACAGAAGACGCCAGACUCCCCCAGGACAGCCCAGACACCACCCUCCGACUAGGAGAUGCCUCAGACUCGAUGUCCCACACAGCCGUCCACACCGACAGCACCUACACCUCUACUGCCAUCAGCCGAGCUGGGGAGAGGACCCUGCUGUCUGUCACCUCCUCUUCAAGCAACAGUACCUCCUCUGCUUUAACAGAGGACUCCAACUCCCAUCAGCCCCCUUCCACUUGGGGGAUUUCUGCUGGGGCUACCGAGACUGAGGACUACACCCACAGUGCGCCAUCCACCAGGACUGACAGCAGAGACUCAACAGACCAGCACAUGACGCACUCCUUCAAGGGGACAUUUCCAGAGACAAGUUUAACUGGACAACCUAAUGCCACCCAUCAUACAUACACCUCAACAUCAGAGGAGACCUCCGACUCGACACCACUUCUCAGAGUAACAGAGCCCAGCACUGACCAAUCAGAAUUGUCCGUUUCCUCCACACCUUCUGUCACCUCACCUGCAGAAGGCCCUACAAACAUCUCAGGGACAGAGCAGGGGACGGGCUUUAGUGUUACAACCUCCAUUGAGUUCUCCACCGGAGCCCACAGCUCCAGCACUCAGAACCAGGAGGGCACUGUAGGGGUUUCAUCCCAGACUAGUGACCAAAGCGUUGGCUUGGCUCUGACCACUGCACCCCCAACAGUCAGUAGUGCACCAGAAGGGGACAACUCUCUAACAGACACUCCAGUGCUCGUUACUGAGUUCUUUCACACCACCACACCUGUCACUGUUACAGAAAGAUCACAGAUAACAGAGGAAGACACUGUCAAAGCCACUGAAUUCACCACCACCACCACCACCACCACCACCACCACCACCACAACGACCACCCCUCCUUUACCUGCAACCUCAUCCUCCAGAUUCAGUAGCACCGCUAGCAGCUCUACUCCAGGGUCACCUACUGAGGCCACCGUCCCAUACACUACGCCCUCCACCACUCUGGCCUUCCUGACCUCUGCUGUUUACGCAACUCCCCGCGUGUCGCCCAGCCAAACCCAGGGCCCCUCUACUAGGAUGGAUAGCCCCACAAACGCCACCACCCUGCAGAUAGAAACAAGCACGGACACCCCGGCAAUCACCACAACUCACAGCGAGCACAUCACCACCUCCUACACCCACAGAACCCCAACAAAGAGUACAGAGGCUCUGCAGACCACCAGAAAGCAGAUUGACAGAGGAACUACAGAGCUGGUUUGGACCACAACCCCCACCAAAGCACCGCCAACACCACCAGGGAACCCUUGCGUGUCCAACCCUUGUAUGAACGGAGGGAUGUGUGUGAGCUAUAAAGGGCAUCAAUUCACCUGCCACUGUCAGCAGGCAUGGACGGGGCUGACCUGCAACCAGGAUGUGGAUGAGUGUGAGAGGGACCAGUGCCCUGUUGGUUCCAGGUGUGUGAACACGCGAGGCUCCUUCAGCUGUGAAUGUCCGCUGGGCUUCGACCUGGAGGACGGACGCACCUGCACCAGAGCAAAGGCGUUUCUGGGAACUUUCAGUGUUAACAGAUUGCCACAUGACCCCGUUGUCUUCAAGAGCGCCACCAUGCAUGAGAUCCAGAGAGAGAUUAUUCAGCUGCUCAAUGCUUCGUUGUCAGUCCUCCAAGGUUACAGCCGCUCAACGCUAAGUAAGAACAACUUUGAGGACCCCCUGUGGAAGAUCUCUGCAUUAGAAGGAGAGACUGGAGUUUGUAUCUCAGCUGUCAACAUGUUUUCCAUUUCCACCGAUGUGACGAGCACAGAGGUCUACAACAGCAUCCAGAUGUCUUUAAACAACUGUAGCUCCUCAUUGGCCCACUGCCGGAUGGUCCUGCUCCACCAGCUCACCUAUCUAGUGGAAAGUUUGUGUGUGGCCCAGAAGACUCAGUGUGAUACAGAGCGCUCCACCUGCACAGACAACAGCGGCACAGCCAACUGCCAGUGUCUUCCAGGAUACUACAAACACAACCCUGACGACCUGUCCUGUUUAGAAUGUGGGGAUGGCUACAAGCUGGAAAAUGGCACCUGUGUUCCGUGCAUGUUUGGAUUUGGAGGAUUCAACUGUGGAAAUUUUUACAAGCUCAUUGCAGUUGUGGUCUCACCUGCAGGGGGCGCUCUGCUCCUCAUCCUCAUCAUUGCUCUCAUUGUCACCUGUUGCAAGAAAGACAAGAAUGACAUCAACAAGAUCAUAUUCAAGAGUGGAGACAUGCAGAUGUCCCCGUAUGCAGACUUUGCCAAAAACAACCGCAUAUCCACAGAGUGGGGCAGGGAGACCAUAGAGAUGCAAGAGAAUGGCAGCACCAAGAACCUGCUGCAGAUGACUGACAUUUACUACUCUCCUGCGUUACGGAACUCCGACCUGGAGAGAAACGGCCUGUACCCGUUCACAGGCCUGCCGGGCUCUCGCCACUCAUGCAUCUACCCUGCCCAGUGGAACCCGUCUUUUAUCAGUGACGAUUCACGAAGGAGAGACUACUUCUGACUGCCCCACCAAGAACACACACACACACACACACACACAAACACACAAAACUUACUAUCUCUUGUACUGACAAUUGUGAUGUGUUAUAAUGGUUUUCCUUCGCAGUGAGAGUGGGAGCCCAUUUGACCAUCUGCAUUCAGGGCUGCACACUAACUAUGUAAAUGCAGGUGCGUGUGUGUGUGUGUGUGUGUGUGUGUGUGUGUGUGCGUGCGUGCGUGCAUGUGUGCGCGUAUGUCUGCAGAUUGUGGAAGUGCACAUUUUUUUCAAGUGAAAUAGUUCCUUUGCAAGUGUUAUUGCCAUUUUAGUGUUUUUGCAUGUUUUAUCUCAUUUGCUUCUACUUACACAUUACAUUGCUGCCACUGUGUUGUUAAAGACUGUUUAAUGUGGUUUUCCUGCCUUGCAGGCAGCCUCGGAUUCUCAUUUACUUCACUGUGUGAUGAAAAACUAUUUCCAGAUGCUUGAAAUGUGUUUGAGGUAGGCAAUCCAUGACAGGAAACAAUCAUAUCUGCCUUGUUGCUGCAUUUUAAUGCAGUGCAGUUUUGCUUGAAAUACCUACACUGCAUUAAUGCACAAUAUUAAAUAAAAGCAGUUAUAAUACUCACUGUGCUCAAAGACAGGAAUGUGAGUUUAUGACCACCAGGAAUGUGGGAGAAAAACAAUUACAUUACUUUUUUUUUUUUAACAGCAGUGAUGGGAAGUGUAUGUGAUGUGUAGCAAAUAGACUAGAACAUGCAAAAACAUUGAUACGGUCCUUAAAGUGCUGAAGUAUGAAUAUGUACGUGCCACUGCUGUGAUUUGAAAAUAAUCAGUUUCUUCUUAGAUAAUAGUCUGAGAAUAAAGUAUUGAUGGAACGAGAUAACAAAACCACUGAAGGAUGCGCAAAGUUUGUUUUAAAUGCCAAUAGAAACUGUGGAACAACUUUGAAUUCUGAUAACAACGUUUAUUUAUUCCCUCUUUGUCCAAGUCCUUGACAUGUAGCAUACUGGACACCCUACAUACACACUGACAGACUGGAGACGGAUAAACUUGUGUGUGUGUGUGUGUGUGUGUGUGUGUGUGUGUGUGUGUGUGUGUGUGUGUGUGGUGUGUGGUGUGUGUGUGUGUGAGAGGAGUAAUGAACUGUAUACCAGAAGGAUCAUAACUGUCAAUGAGUGUUUGAAUUUAAAGAGUGUAAAGGUGUAUCAUAAUUAGAUUACUUAUUCUGACAUGGAGUAUUAUUUUUAUGACUGUUUUACUUCUUUGUGUUUUUAUAUGAUUUGUUCAUUCUGGCGUUUUAGUCAGACGUGCUUAUUUAAAUAAAAAAAUUUGCACAGC